UAAGGAAGGAAGGAUGGGAAAUCGGGGGGUGAUAGAGAGACUAGGGGAGGAUGUCAGUUGGACUGAUGGAUGGAUGGAUGACUGCAUUUGUGAAGGGAAGAUGUGUGGAUAAAUGGAAGGAUGAUGAAGUGUCAGAUGGGCUGAUGGAUUGAUGGAUGUACUGAUGGAGAGAUGAUGGAUGGAUGAAAGAAUAGGAUGGGAUGCAUGAAUCGAUUGCUAAACAGAUGGAUGUAUGGCGGGAUAGAUUGGAUGGUGAAAGAGGACAAAGACAGAAAGAGGAUGGAUAGAUGGAUGGAUGUAAACAGACAAGAAGGGUGGGAUGGAGGAAGAAGGCAUAUAGGGCAGAUGGAUGGAUGAUAGAGGGACAGUCUGCUCAGCUGAUGGAUGGAUGAAGGGAUGGAGGGAUGACAAGUUGAUGCUUCUCCAGAUGGAAAACGAAGAUCAGCUGAAAGUCUUUGACAAUUGCCGCAACGGACGAACAACGCGGCCCGACGAACGGACGGACGAACGUUGGAUGGAAAGACAUCCUCGCCCCCUCCUCCGCGUGGGCGUGUCCUCGCCGAGUCUGUCAUUUCCUGAGCACACGAACGCACCGCUGCAAAGUGAGUGAGACGCGCUUGUUUUUAUUGUUGAGCACAAUUCACAGCAACUCAGUCCACACCGAAAAAGAGGUCGAAGAAGGAGAUGAAGGAGAAUAACGACGAGAUGUUUGCAUGGUGAGACCUGUCUUCCAACCUCGGAACAAUUCAAAAUGGACCCAAAGAAUCGGAAAAACAUCAGCAACAGGACCGUUUCUUGAACCAAUCAGAUUUCACAUUCGCCUGAAUCAUCUUGCUGCCACUCGACGACAUCGGAAAAUUUGUGACACCAAACCUGUAGCGAACCGCACACAUGAAUACAUUUACUCAUCAUCUCUGGACUACGAGGAGUGAGAGCGCCUUCCUCCAAGUCCUCUGGCUUUUCUAUUUGGGAGCUUCUCCACUCACAGCAUUUGGUUACUUCCUGGGGGACACCAAGGCGGUGCUGCACGGCUGUGAGGACCACUGGAGCCUGCAGCAGAGCGCCUCCGUGCCCUUGCUGUUCCAGAUGAGCGUGUGCCUGGACGUGCGAGUGCUUGCGCCCGGGGCCUGGGUGGCCUUCUCCUACAGCUCGGUCCACGACCCCAGGCCCGAGCUGGGCCUGGAGGGGGACGAGGGGGCGCUGUACGGGUGGCUGCUGGGGGUCCGCCACCGCUUCCCUGUCAGUCUGGCGCCGGCUCGGUGGCACAGGGUGUGCCUGAGGAGAGACGUGCCCGGAAACUCCUUCAGUCUGGAGCUGGCCGGACGGCUGGUGGCCAAGUGGACGGUGAUCGCCCGGGCCGUGACGCCCUCGGGCUCGCUGUGGCUGGGGUGCCGGCCUCGGCGGCGAGCGGCCGGCGCGGCCACGGCGGGCCGGGUGGAGGUGUACAUGUUCCGCGUGUGGGCCGACCUGGGCCGCCAUGGCCCCUGCGAGGACGGCACCGUGAUCGGCUGGAACGCUCGCUUCUGGGGCGUGACCAGCCCCAGGGCUCGGCAGACGGACCGCGACCUCUCGUGUGCUCAAACAACUGAAUUUGAAAGCUAUUUUGCCACUCCACCUGUUUCGACGUCUGCCGACAUCCGCCAUCAACAUGAGCCUCCGUCAUGUCACAGUGACACCUAGUGGCCACGGGGAAAACACUUCACUCAGCU